UAAGGAGCAUCAUCAGUUCAAUAGAACACUCCAUCACCAUGCUGCGACUGUUUGUAUUCUUGGCUACGAUCUUGGUCGUCCGGGGCCAAUCCACUGCUGUUAACAGAUGUAAUGUGUUCCCUGGGGAGCUGCCACUGAAUGUCUACAUUGAAGGCUGCGUUACACCACCAUGUCGUCUGCCGCAACUUCAAGAUGCUGUGCUGAAUAUCGUCUUCAGAGCUCCUCGUGCAAUGCAAAGUAUGACCACAUUAGCUACAGCAUUUCUGGGUAUUAUACCAGUACCAUAUCCUUUGGGUGACAACGCGGUCACAUGCAACUUUCUUCAGAACUCCUCGUGCCCUGUUGUUGAAGGGGAGAUCCUAAUCUAUCAGCUUAGAAUGUACAUUGAACCAUUCUUUCCAGUGGGUACUCAAGCCACCGUCGAGUUCAGAGUAGUGGACCAGAAUAACUCAGCAUUUAUAUGCAUCAGAGUACCAAUACUUAUAGUGCCAGCAAUCGGAGGAAGCUUUGGAAGUAGAAAUAGUACUGCAAUAGCAAGCGAACACUAAACAAAUUUGCUUAGAAUUGCUUCGAUAAAUUGAACGCCAAAGUAAUAAAAAACUAAUACAUUUGA